AUGUUGACGACCCCCACUGCUGCUCCCACAAGCUCCUUCACGAAAACCACGGUACUGAACAACGGUUGCGUCAUUCCACUCGUUGGCCUGGGCACGUGGAAAUCCGAACCCGGUAAGGUCCAACAGGCCGUGAAAGAAGCCAUCCGUCUGGGUUAUCGACACGUUGAUUGUGCCUUUUGUUACCACAAUGAAAAGGAAGUAGGCUUGGCACUGCAAGAAUGCUUUGCGCAAGGGUUGUGCCGACGCGAAGAGUUGUUCGUAACUUCCAAACUAUGGUGUGACAAGCACCAUCCGAACGAUGUCCGCGACGCCCUUCGGAAUACGCUUUCGGAUUUGCAACUGGACUAUUUGGACAUGUACCUGAUGCACUGGCCCGUAGCGAUCAAAAUCAACUGGCCCGAAUCUGCCGACGACAUGAUUGCUCUCGAUGACUUGCCUAUUGCCGACACGUGGAAGGUCAUGGAGGAAUGCGUCGAUCAAGGUUUGACCAAAGGUAUCGGCGUUUCGAACUUUUCCAUCAAGAAACUUGAGCAUUUGUUAGCUUCUUGUCGCAUCCCUCCCGCCAUCAAUCAAGUUGAACGUCACCCCUAUUUGGCACAGCCGGAUAUGAUGGAACAUUGUGCACGUAAAAACAUCCACGUGACGGGAUACAGUCCACUCGGUUCGUUGGAUCGCCCAGCCGGUCUGAAGGGACCGGACGAGGUCAACUUAUUGACCGAUCCUACCGUCACGAGCGUUGCGAACAAACACGGCAUCAGCACAGCACAAGUCUUGUUGAAAUGGGCCGUCCAAACCAACGCCAGUACCAUUCCUAAGUCAAUUCAUCCGACCCGCUUGGCGGAAAAUCUGAUGGUGGGUCGUGACGAUUUUCCCGACCUGGAUCAAAGGGAUUUGGAAAUGCUCCAGUCGCUGGAUGCGCACCGACGUUACGUGACCGGCGCCUUCUGGGCCUUGCCGGGAGGACCGUAUACGGUCGAGAAUCUUUGGGAUGAGUAA